AUAACUUCUGAGCGCCAAACUAACAGGCCUUUCAUUGGGAUAAUGCUUGUCUCCAGCAUUUUAUCACUCAACUCAUUGAUUCACUAGAUGACCUCGUGCAACGUUACAUGAAAAGACUUGAAACCGCAGUCGCUCAUUCUUCCCUAGGUCUACCUGGGUAUGCAUUUCUUCGAAAUGGAGCAAUUGAAUGAUCCGCGAGCUCCAUCGCCUUGCUCAAUAUCUUCGUUGGCUGGUGAGGGCGAAGAUACGGUGUCUCUCCCAAGUACCGACAGUGAAAAUGAUAUCACAGGCGCUCCAUCCUCUGGACUACAGACUCUAGUCGCCCAGAGAAACGAAAGUCUUGAGGAUUGUACUUCUGAGGUUGGAAAGAAGAUCUAUACCAGAGCAAGGGACGGGAAAGAAGCUUUGCGACGUGAGAGGGCCGCCAAGGAAGAGCCAAAAUCCAUCUGGACCAAAAGUAGGAAGCGGGCAUUCUGCUACUUUCUCUGGUUACAUUUUGUUCCCGUUGCGAUCACCAUGGUGUUGUUCUGGCUGUACCUAGAGGGGUUCCAAUGGAGGGCGAACGACAUUCAGCUAAAGGCAUUGCUCUUCGCUGCAAAACUUCACGAGUCACUUAUAAUGAUUUCACUCGCCGACAUUCUCUUCCACCGGAUCCGGUACCAGUUAAUGACCGGCCGCGGGAUUUCAUUCGGCCUUUUGGUAUCGCCAUUCCGCGUCGCGACCCCUUUCUCCAUCUUCCAAACGCCGUUUUUGGCUUCGGCAAAAUUCACGCUGAAGAGUGGACCGGAACUCGUCACGAUCUUUCUGGUUGUGCUUGUAUCGGUAUUGGCGCUACUUGCUGCCCCUAGCUCUGGAGUCCUCAUGCUUCCGAGCACCCUUCAACGAGCUCUUCCCUCCGCUCAUAGACGGUGAUUUUGCGCGGAGCCUCGCCACAUCCGAUGACGGCUUGACGUCGAGUCUUUCAAACAGGAUUGAGCAGUUGAUAACCGGGUUAGACAGGGUUCUUGUUUAUGGUAGCUUGCGAGGAAACACCAACAUUACUGUAUUAGACGGCGCGACGGUCGAUGCCAUACCGUGCGUUAGUGGGUACUAGAGAUGGUCAUUAGGGCUAUUAUUUAUGUUAGAAACCCCUUAUUUGUAAGACUGAUUUUGGGUAUAUUUAGAGAG